UCUCUCUCUCUCUCUCUCUCCGUAUUCAAUGUCUGGUUAUCCACAGGGCUCCGGUUAUCCCUACGGCGCGCCGCCGGCGAAUCCAUACGGUUCUGCUCCGCCACAACCAUAUGGAGCAGCACCUCCGCAACCAUAUGGAGCCGCACCUCCGCAACCAUAUGGAGCUGCGUCGUCACAACCGCACGGUUACGGCGCUCCUCAACCAUCGGCGCCUUACUCCAAGCCAGAGAAACCUGGAAAGACACAGGGAGUCGGAUACGAGCAUCCUCCUCCAGCAGCAGGGUACGGUACGGCGAGCCCUUUUGCUGCACUUCUGCCGUCGCAAUUCCCGCCAGGAACGGACCCAAGCCUGGUGGCGUGCUUCCAGAUGGCUGAUCAGGACGGGAGCGGCCUGAUAGACGACAAGGAGCUGCAGCGCGCUCUCUCCUCCUACGACCAGAGCUUCAGCCUACGCACAGUUCACCUCCUCAUGUACCUUUUCACUUCCUCCAACAUCCGCAAGAUUGGUCCAAAAGAAUUCACCUCAUUAUUCUACAGUCUUCAGAACUGGAGGGCCAUCUUUGAGAGAUUUGAUCGUGAUCGCAGCGGCAGGAUCGACGCAUCAGAGCUACGAGAAGCCCUUCUAAGCCUGGGAUACUCAGUUUCCCCUGUCGUGCUUGAUCUGCUUCUCACCAAGUAUGACAAAAGCAGUGGCAAGAUCAAGGCCAUUGAAUAUGACAACUUCAUCGAAUGCUGCCUUACUGUUAAGGGUUUGACUGAUAAAUUCAAGGAGAAGGACACAAUGUACACUGGCUCUGCGACUUUCACCUAUGAAUCCUUCAUGUUAACUGUGCUUCCAUUCCUCAUUGCCUAGUUAUUGGCUGCCAGCCUUUGGAUUGAUACAAUAACAUUUGCAUUUGAUCUAUCUUUGAGCUGCUGUAGGUUCGCUGAGCUUGUUGUGAGUAUGCUUCCUUCAUUUCUGUCGUAUGGUGGAUAAUAUCAUAAUACAGUUUGUUGUUUAAUAAACUCUAUCUUCAUAACAAACGCUAUUAGAGCUAAUGAUUCAACUAUGAACGAGUGAUUAAUACGUUUUGCAGUUCUUA